AUGAGGCACAAUCUCGCAGCUUUCGACUCAUCGGUCCCCUCCUCUUCCUUUGCAGCUCGUCGUGAUGCCAACUUUGCCCGGUUUCGCUCUGGCUCCGGUUCGAUAAACAGCAGCCCACGCUCAACGAGUGCUGCCAAUGCCGAGAUCGCAAUCAACGUUCUCAUCUGGUGGCCCUCACAAGGAAAGAACGCCUCGUCUACUUUGGCAAGAGCGCCUCUCUUCCGCGACGCUGCCAAUGUCAAGCAGAAACUCUCGUUGCGUGCUUCUGCUUCCAGCAAUCGAGCAGCCGAACCCGGCCAUGAAGCUUUGUUUGAACGCGCCUCCUUCGGCUUCCGACAUGGUGGAUCAUCCUGGUUGCGCGAAAAGCCGAGCAAAAGUCGUCUCAACACACCCUCCUCGUCCGUUGGGCCCUUAGGUCAAUGGAAGCGCGCCGUCCUUCUCUUUCGCGAAAACGCAAGUCUCUCGAUCUUUGGUGACAGCAACGCUCUUGCUCACACGCUUCAUUGCGGUGCUCUGUACACCUCAGAUAUCCGGUGUGUGGACGACUCGCUCUUCGCUAGACCAUACGUCUUAGCCAUUCAUCCUCGACAGACACGCGCCAAGACCCAAGUCUCUAUCACCACUCGCAAACAGGAGGCGGCCAUGCUCAAAGAACGAUCUCAGCGCUCCGAGCCCAUAUUCAUCCAGUUCAAGAGCGAGGAGCAACGUCAAUACCUUCGAGCAUUGCUGCGCAUCUAUGUCCGCCCCGAGAUCUAUGGCUCGCCGGCUACAAUCGAUGCUGGCGGUACCCACCGUCUCUUCCGUCAGCUCGAAAUCACCAUCUCUGACGCCAAGAACAUCAUGCCCAGGUGGCCCACUGAGAUCUUCGAUUCCAGCCAAGAGCCUACAUCUGCAAACGCCGCAUCAUCCACCAACCUUUCAAGAGCGCAUAACUUCUAUCCCGCCUCACCGACUGGUGGUCUCGCAGGCGGAAGCGCGACCAGCAGUGAGGUGCCUCGCUCUCUUUCCCACCAUCCAUCGUCCUUACGCUACGAAGAUCAGGACGAUUCUCCUGGCUCAGAGCCAUUCACGGAAGACGCAAUGUCGGGAUCGUCACGCGCAGGCUCGCGUUCGGGCUCGCGACCUAGUUCUCGAUUGCGUCACAACGCCAAGUCCUCCGUCAGCAGCAUGCAUGCUCAGCACGAUUUCGACGACAAUGCCGGCAGCGGCUCCAGUCGCCCUGCUUCAUGUGCCGCUUCACACUACGACAAUCAGUCGCAGGCCAGCGAAGACGUCAACUCGAAUGGCGACCACCUCUCAGGGCCUCUGAGCGGACAGUCGGGUGCAAAUCGCUUCGCCACCCUUCCCUCGGCUACGAGCGAGACGGCACCUAGCAUUCAUCCCAGUACCAGUGCCACGUCCGCCUACACCACUGCGUCACGGCCAUCCAACUUACGCCGCAUCGAUGACAAGGAUCGUUUCGAAAAGGUGCGUUUCGACCGCUACUGUCGUAUUCGUCUCGAUGGCGAAUUGAUGGCACGCACCAGCCUGGCACACUCGGGCGCCAGCGCCUUCGCCGUCGACAAGUUCCAGCUCAAGGAUGUUGGAGAUGCCAAGUCACUGGUGGUGGAGGUGCUACAUCCUGUGCAAAAAAGCUCGAGCUCCCUCGCUGGUUCUCCAUCGCAGACCGCCCACAAGUACAUCCUACUGGGACUCGUCGAGAUUCCCAUCGAAACGCUCAGAAGGAAUGAAGAGGUCGAGGGCCGGUUCCCGAUCUGGUCCGUUUCCACCUUUCCCUCCAUGUCGCAGCAGCAUCCUUCCUCGCCGCCGGGAGCAGACGAAGAUGACGGCAGAGCUCCGACGAACUUCCAACGUGGCAUCGUGGGCGAGCUCAGCAUGUCCAUCCGCUUGCAAGAAGGUGCCGUGAUGCCGCUGAGCAUGUACGAAGAGGUCUUUCGCAGGAUCCAUGACACGGAUGCACCCGAGAUCGUGCGCGAGCUCGCCACCACCAUGCGCGAGGACUUGAUCAUAUCGCAUCUGAUUCGCAUCUAUGCUGCCUCGGGUACCAUAGCCGAGCGCAUUGUAUCGCUCAUUGAGGCUGAGAGCGUCAAUUGGGGCGAAAAGAUGGAGCCAGAGCUGCUCUUCCGUGCCAACACACUCUUAUCCCGCUCGGUGGAUCACUUUCAGAGGUUACUAGCUCUCUCCUGGCUCGAUGACUGCUUGGGACCCACUGUCCGCAAGAUCUGUCAUGAUCCCAAUGCUCCCUCCCAUCCCGACACAGCUAUGUCGAAUGGCAGUGCUGGCUCUGGCGGAGGCGAUGAUGCCCACUUCGAUUUUAGCACUUCCAUCCGCUCUCCACCUUUGCUGCCGGCCAACGCCAUCGAUGCCAUUCCCGACGGUCCCGUGACCACCAAUUCGCUUCGCAAGUUGAGCGAGACCAUGUGGCAGAACAUUUAUCGCCAGCGUCACAGCUGCCCACCGGACUUGCGUACAGUCUUUCAUCAGAUUCGAUGCAAGGUCAACGAGCGCUACCGAAGCUCCAAGUCGACGCGUCCAGGUAUUCAGGGUGUUGGUGCCUUUGUGUUCCUGCGACUCUUUUGUGCAGCUCUCAACGCUCCUCAGCUGUACGGUUUGACACCCUCGCAACCUGGUCGAGGCGCACAGCGCAAGUUGCUGCUGCUCAGCAAGGUCCUCCUUGCUCUCGCCAGCAAGAAGACGGCUUUCGACAAGGACAAGGACUGGGAGCUGGUUCCGCUCAGCGAUUUGCUACGCACCUACUCUUCCGCCUAUGACGACUACAUCAGCGUAGUCUCCACGGAGCCGCCUACGGCUGCGCCCGUGCAGCUUUUGGGAACGCGCAUCGAAGAUGACUCGGAGUUGCAGGCAGCGGCACAACGCAGACUAGCCUCACUAUCACCAUUGCAUCGGGAGGCCAUUCCCAAACCACCGUACAUGCUCGACCAGCCUCAGACUUUGGCGUCCUUUGUCUCAUUCAUCGUUGAUGCUGCAGAGGAGCGUGAAGGCACGAACCUUUACGCCGGCGCAUCUGGCAUCAACGCGUGGGCUGAAGGGCAUCAGUCUGACUCGACGACAGCCUCAAACAAUGGUGAGAGUAAGGCUCAAGGAGCCCUCAGCGACACAGCUAGGAUCAAGCAAAAGACGUACGAAUUCGUUCAGAUCUGCUGUCGCAUCGAGGAUGCCGCAGGCAUGUGCAUCGAGCAGGCUGGCUACGAUCCGCGCCCGAUUCCGUUCGAGCGGUUACAACGAAGCGUCAUGCCGUCGUUAUCUCGCUACGGUGGCUCUUCAGCAUCGUCGACUGUUGGCUCUUCGCCAUUGCGAGGUGUCGAAAGAGGUGACACUUCAAUAGGAUCGUUCUCGUCUUCAACGUCAAGCUUUGGCACAGUGAUUGUGCCUGGAGAUGGCGGCGAUGCUUCGCCAAGAUCCUCACCAAGCUGCAUGCGAAGCCGCCGAGCUACUGUCAGUGCUGCCAAUGCUCGGUCGAGGAUGGCCGACUCCGCCUCCGCACGUGACGCAUAUGUGGAACGCACUGGCUCCGACAUGGAGCGCGAUUCUCCUCGAAGCAGUCGAAGAAAGAGUCUUGGCAUCUCGCGAUCGAGUCGCAGGCCAUCCCAAAGCACAGUAGAAGCUUCAUUGCCUGUCUAUCCGAGCGGAGUCGGUCUGGAGCAAGGCUUUGCGGCUGGCAGAAGGAUUGGCGAGAUGAGCGAGAGCAACACGAUGACGCCACGCCAGCCAUCCCCUGCUCAACCUUUGGCUCCCACAUCUGCGGCCUCUUCGCCGUAUCGUCACACGUUUUCUCUACCUCGGGGCGAAGAAGAUGACCAUGGCUCGGAUGACGAGCUUCGUCAAGCUUACCGAAUGCUGCGCGCGGAAGAAGAGGCUGCAGUCGCCUCCAGAUCUCGCUCGCAAAGUAUCGCGGCGCCUUCAGGUGUGCCUAUCGGUGAUCUGUCCGCAACCGAGGAGCCUGCUUCGUUUGCUAUGGACGACGGUGAGACAAGACCGGCACUCGGCUUAGAGCCAAUGGGUGCCUUGCUGGAAGCAGACGAUGGCUCGACCUUUGAGCCCGUGUACCCACAGCGCGGCUUUGCCUCACCCAAAGCUUCGUCGCCGCCGUUGUCCAGAAGCGCACGACAGUCAGUUGAGUUGGCAGGAUCUGGUGGACAAACGUCGAUGCUUGCCAUGUCUCCCGCCACUGCUACUCGACACAUUUCUCAGCUGAACAACACUGGUGACGCUGCUGGAGGACAGAGCUAUGAUGCACAAUCAGAGGCAAGGGGGCAAGGCCCACGUGCUUCGUUUACCGCUGCCCCAAGCACGCGCCACCAGGGAGGCACCCUGCCGAGUAACGGGCGGUCAAGUGAGAUCGAGUUCAAUCGAAGGCAUUCGUCGGAUCAGCAGCCUGUUCCCCGCAACUACUCGUUUCCGCAUUCUCCAGCAGGCCGCAAGAGCAGCAUAAAGCAUGAGAUACAGGAGAGCUCGGAUGGGUUCGGGUCGAUCAUGGAGGAUGCAUAUGCUCAGACCCGCGCCUCACUGCCACCGUCGGCCUCCAUGCCUCUUGUCCCCUCGUCAGCGGCAGCUUCGGCGGCGAAAUACAGCAAUGGUGGGAACAACAGCAUAGAGUCUGCGCAGGGUAGCAAGAAGAAGAAGUGGUGGAAGCCAUAG